UGUAUUUGUUGUCGUGUCGGAUAAGCAGGACGUCUACGUUUUGUCGUACAAAAAUCAAAAUUCAACCUGGAUCGACGAACCUACAAUAAACCAAAAGCGAACAAAUUAACUACGGCGAUCUCAAAUCUCCCUGAAGACCCCGGCUCCAACAAUUCCGAGGACUGUUACAAUGAUCACUGUGACCUUAACCUACCCAGAGUGUUCGAGAAGUAUCCUUGGCCCACUUCUGUUUUCAAUACACACUUCAGAUAUGAGAUAAUAAAGCGAUAUAUCAGAUGGGACAUAUCAGAAAUGGGAGGUGGCUAUUGUUCUUAUUCUUCGGGACGUUCGUUUCUGGACUCCUGCCGGACCUGGAGUGUCCGGAAGACUGCGACUGUCAUUACUUCAGAGUCAACUGGGUCACCGACUGCUCCGACUUGGGUCUGAAUUCCGUGCCGACCCUCGAGGAAGGGCUCAGCCUUAAGGUCUACAUAUUGAACCUCAACGGAAACAACUUGACAUCCGUUGGCAACUUUCCGGAAGGCGUAACUCUGAGGAGUGUCACCAUCGCGGACAACAGUCUCACGACGGUCGGGAGGAAUGAUUUCGAACGUUUGGCCUACCUGCUGGACCUGGACCUCUCUGGAAACCAAAUUACAACUAUCGAUCCAGACGCAUUCAUGGAUAAUCCGGGACUGAUUACAUUGGAACUGCAAAACAACCCCCUUGAUGAGGUCGAAGGUCCGUUCUUGAACUCCAAAUCCAUUUUGAAUUUGGAUCUGAGCCGAUGCGGGAUAAGCAAAUUGAACAGUGUAUUUUUCUCCGAACUGCCUUCACUGAGCAAUCUCGAUCUUUCUGAAAACCCUCUCAUGAAAUUGACCUCGGGCAUGUUCUCGCAGUUGCCCAACCUCAGAGAGCUAAGGCUGAAAAACUGCAAACUGAAGAGCAUAGAGGAGCAGAGUUUCGUCAAGCUCGAAGACUUGAAAUGGCUCGACUUGGCAGGAAACGAGCUCGUCAGUCCUAUAAAUUGGCCGGCCGUGUUUGAACCGUUGUCACAGAUCGAAUAUCUCGAUUUGAGAAAUUCCCGAAUCUCGAAUCUCCCCGACGACUCGUUUGACCGCAACUCAUGGCUGAGAAGUUUAAUUAUGGCUGAGAACGAACUGAGAGAUUUCGACGUGGCGACCACUCUAGGGCAGAACUUGAAACACUUGGAUUUCCUGGAUUUAUCCGACUGCAGGAUAUCCGGACCUCUGUCCGCAAAGGCUUUCGCAAACGCGACAAAGCUGCGGACGCUGAUAUUAAACGGCAACCCAAUCUCCGCCGGAGACCUGGCAGUCGCUUUGUCUCCACUGGGCAAAUUGCAAAAACUAUCCUUGAGGAAUUGCUCUCUCACUAGACUCCCUCCGGACACGUUUCACAGAUUUCCAAAUCUCCAAGAGCUGGACAUUUCUAGAAACCCGCUCAACGACGUGUUCACGGCGAUUUUAAGCCCUUUGAAAAGCCUCGUCCAUCUCGACAUGGGCUACAGCAACCUCGCUUCCAUAUCCAAAACGACUUUUCAUAAAAUGACAUCAUUAAAAACCUUAAUCUUAUCUGGAAACCCUCUGAAAAAGAUAGAGUCCGGUUUGUUUCAGAAUCUUACAGAUUUGGAAACUCUGGAACUGAACAACUGCGGAUUGUCCAGCUUGAAUGAGACUGUAUUUCACGAGAUGUCCUCAUAUCCGGAUUUAAAAGAAUUGAGACUGUCCGGAAAUCCUAUCGCUAUACCUAAAAACGGUUCUUUUUUGCCGUCUCAAUUAAACCGCUUACAGAUACUAGAUCUCAGCGACUGCAAUAUUUCCUAUAUACCUCCCAACGCUUUCGAAAAUUUCAAAAAAAUUACUUCUCUUUAUUUGAAGAGAAACAGGCUGGAAUUCACCUCCACGUCCUCUCUUGACUUUCUGCAAGCGCUCCCGGCGUUGGAAACGCUGGAUUUGAGUUUCAACAACAUGACGAGCGUGACGCCGUACACUUUCAGGUUCAACGAGGGACUGAAACGUCUCAAAUUAGUCGGCAACCCGUGGGUGUGCGGCUGCAAUAUAGCUGACAUGUGGGAAUGGGCUCAGGUCACAAGGGGCGAUUUGAACCUUCUCGUCGGUUCGGUCGUCUCCUCUGAAGAUAUCAUAAGGCCGAGUAGUAAAAAGAAAACACCCUUAUUCUGCUAUAUAGACUCGAAAGCUACCCCGGUCCGUCUGUCGAUGCGGCGACGCGAGUUCGUCUUCAACGUGAACCGAACAUGGUCGAGGUACGUCCGCGAAUCCGCCUGCGAUACGACCAGGAAAAUAACACCCGCCAAACUGACCGACGUGAAACCCGAAGAAUAUGAAUUUUUUCAUUUAUCGAUGAGUACAUGGGCCUGGUCGGCGACUAUCGCCUCAUCCUCUACGGUCACCAUCAUCAUGAUACUGGCCGCUUCAUCGUUCAGAAACCGACGUGCCUGAUCCCUAGUCUUCUAAAUUUCAAAGCUUAAAAGUUCCUUUCUCUAUUUGUAGCCUUGUUUAAGUGAAAAACUAGGAAAUUUUAUAAAAUAGUCAAAAGAGUACCUCGAAAACAGCUGUGUUGAUAUUAUUGUAUCCUUGUUAUAGUGUACCUCACGUCUUACCGAUUUUAUAUAACAUCUCCCUUGAUAUUAAAUAUUUAAAUGUUUUAUCAUCCUUGUGUUCAUUUUAAAUUUAAAAAGAA